AUGGCCGAAUCCUAUAAAUCUAUUGAAUAUCGUAUCAAAAUCGCUCUCCACGAAUUAGAGAGUGUGGAUAAGCCUAAUGUCAAAGCGUGGGCGCGCUCUCAUAACCUACCAUAUCAGCGGCUUCUGGCGCGCUACAAGGGCCGCCAUUCUCGCUCUGAGCGCUCUCCUAGCGGUCGGAAGCUUGAUGGAGCACAAGAAUCUGCCCUCUGCCGAUAUAUCGACAUCCUUGAUUCGAUAUAUGCGCCUCCUUCUCGCCCAGAAAUUGCUGCUGCUGCUAAUGCUAUCCUCGCUGCCGCCUACGCUGAAGCCACUGGCCAACCUACUAGCGAUGCGACUGGCCAACCUGCUAGCAAUACGACCGGUAGAAACCGACCAGUACCGGCACCGACUAUCGGCGGCAUGUGGUUAAACCGCUUCCUUAAGCGCCAUCCUGAAUACCUUAUACGCCGCUAG